AUGGACCAAGGAAGAUUUGGGAUGUUGCAAGGGAGGCUUUGUCUACCACAUAGUUUCAAGGCAUCUUUUGAUAUGAAGAAAACUAUAAAGGAUUUUAGAUUCUUACGAAUCGAAUCCUUCCAUUUCUGCUUCAGUAAGUACCCUUGGGACCAUGAGUCAGAAGAGGACUGGAAUGGGACAGGCCACCCAAGCAUCAAUCUAUAUUACUUGAUCUAUGACUCUGGAGAUGAACAGGGUCUCCUCAAUGCUUGGCAUGAUGAGGCCUGCUUCUCCCUGACCAUUCCCUUAAACCCUGAAGAUGCAGCAUUAAACAGCUUGGAAGAAUACUUCAAGGAUAUCAGGGACAUUAAGAAUGUUGAGGACUCUGGUAAAUCUACAAAGUAUGACAUUGUUGACUCCCUCAAUAUGUUGCCCAAAACUCAGCAUGACUUUCACUCCUAUGUGGUAGACCUGAGCAUCUGGUGUUCUUUACCUUCCCUGCUCUAUUUUUCUGUCAAUGGGGUUUUUAAAGAAGUGGAAGGAAAUUCUCAAGGUUCUCUCUGUGCUUUCACUUGGACCUUCAUCUUGACUUCUGAUAGCAAUUCCAAUCUGUGCAUUAUGAAUGAUUGACUGAUUGUGAGGAAUACCAAGACCAAAGAAACUCAGAACACCUUCUCCUUUCCAGUACCCACACCCUUCUCAAACUGCAUGCCCACCAUCUCCCAGAAGCAGCAGGAAAUGAUGCAGGUUUUCUGCACUCAGUCUUGGACAAACCUCCUGUGA